AAUUGACUACAAUCCCAGAAAGUGAGAAAACAAUUUUUACGAAAAUAAUGCGAACUCUAACUUUGGUCGCUUUGGUUUGCGCAGUUUUGGCGGUGAUGUUGCAUUCGACGAACGCUCAAAUGCCGCAGAUGCCUCCAAUGCAGCAAAUGCCUGGCACUAGUGCCUUUGCAAGUCGUGCACGUCGUGCUGCACAAGGAGGCGGUGGUGGUGCUGAUGGCGGCGCUGGCGCCGGUGCUGGUAUGGGUUUUGGCAUGGGAGGUAAUAUGGGUGGCGGCGCUCAAGGAGGCGGACGUGGAGGUGGCCAUGGAGGCCAUUAGUAAAGCAAUGUGCUAAAGGAAGUUAUGAAAAAAUAUUUAAUGCAAUAAAACAGAGCAGUACAGAGAGAA